AUGGUGUCCGCCGCCAAGCACAUGCCCGCAGGGGCCAGGUCGGCUCCAUCUUACACUAUCUCGCGCACUUUACACGUCGCCGAGCAUCUGAACAGGAGAAGGGGCGCAAUUUUUCAGAAGAGGGAAGGAAGGGAAGCGUUGGUGAUGGUGGUGGCUGCCCGGGCUCGUGGUGGUGGUGGUGGUGGUGGUGGUGGUGGUGGCGGGCGACGCACCUCCCCCUGUUCCCCGUGCGGCCACGGGUCGAUGACGGGCGCGUGCGCAGCGAAACGGGACGACGGCGCCGCGGCGGGCUCCAGCCAGUGUGUGUGCGAGCGAGCGCGCCGCCGCUCCAGCUCCAGAGGCCGCUCCAGCUGCUGGAAGCGCCGCGUCUGCCGUCUGCCCUCCCCAGUGCACAGCCGUGCCCGUGCCGCGCGAAGGGGGACUCGCCACGCGGUUAGCGUCUCGCGCGUAGAGACAUUUCCCCGCAGCGAAGUGAAAUCCUAA